CAUAAUGAUGUUCAUUUAUUAAAUUUUCAGAUAGGAUCUGAAUUUCGACAUGGGAGUUUUAGCUACGCCGCAUUCCCUUGUUGUGGUACCACUUUUGAUCAACCCUCAAAAUUCGACCGCUUCAAGUUUCUCAAUCACUCAGAAUGAAGACAACGAAAGCGAUUUUUCCGACUUCGGCGACGAUUGGUCCAAGCUGGAGUCACUAAUCGGAAUUUACCCUGGUCGUGUGGCGCAGAGUGGUCGUCCGGGUCUAUCAGGGUCCGGUGCUGUUUCUGACGAUAGAGUAUUGGUCAAGGGGUUGAUUCCAGGUUCUCCUGCCAUGCAAUGUGAAUAUAUCGGAAUUGGCGAUGUGAUUGAACAUAUCAAUGGCGAUAUUGCCACGCUAAGGAGCGUGGAAGCGUAUUUGGAACAGUUGAAGGAAGAAACCGAGAUCAUACUCUCAAUCAGAAAGGCCUCACCUAUGAAAGCGGAGCAACCAUCAAUCGCAAGCAAAUGCCUUUCGAGAAUAUCCAAACUCAAUUCAUACGAUUAUGUAAAGCAAGACACAUUUGAAUACAUCAAUGGGAACUUUGUCAAAGUAGAACCAGGCAUGAACAGAAGGCUAGGAGGCGUAAACAGAUAUCUGAAAGAGUUGUUUGCACUGCGGAUUCUGCCUUUGAUGUCAUCUGAUGAUGGGAACUACUGUUACCCGUCUGACUUUUCAUCAUCCUAUGAACAACUAGACGAGACACUGAAAGCCAUCACUUUAACUCUGUCCGAUCUGGUAUACAAUAGUUUCAACCAGGACGUACCAUCGAGCAUGUCUGUUUUGGUUGGGAAAUACAGACUGAACAUUGCGUACUGGAAGAUGAAUCACCAUAUGCUCAUGUUCAUAUGCGAAGAGUCUCUAAUGCCGCUUUCAAUGUCAACUCAUUUUCUCAAACUCUAUCGAACAAUCUUAGAUGUGUCAGUCUCAUCGAAUCUAUCAGAUACAUUAAGGAGUGGAAACGAACAUCUAAUUAAACUAACGCGCCAGUCACUGGAUUAUAUGCUGGAAGCGACUUCGAGAAUGUUUAAACAAUCGGCGAAAGACUACGAGAUGUUGUUGGCGUUAGAGAUACCGCAUAGAGUAGAGUUGUCAAUGGAAUAUCAAAAUCUGCUGGCUAAGUAUAUGAUUGAGUUUGAGAGCUGUGCUUGGCGAUUAGAAGCUGGGUUUCUAAUCGGACAACGGAAGCCAUUCCUCAUUCGUGGUACAGGACUCUAUUAUAAAAAUCUUCUCCUGUUCAACUCAAUUCAAGAAACUCACUUUCAUUCUAUCCACACUCUAAUUUCAUCUAUAGACAUAUUACCACGCUCUUCUCAGUUGUCAUUUCUAUCUUCAGUCCAAUCUAUCUAUCCGAAUUUUGAACCAAAUUAUCAUUCUUCAUCUUCGCCUAAAGAUACACAACUAGUCAUGUGGAGGGAAGUUUUCUUGAGAGAGGAAUCGUCAAUGGAAUAUGAAGUGUAUUCUGGGAGGACUUUUCUACUUGUUAUUAGGAUGAAAUUGUUCACGCUCUGUGUGUUAAUGGAAGGCGGAUCAUGUGCUAGAAGAUAUCUGCCGCAGAGUGAAGAUCCAGAAGUGAAGUGUCCCGAGGCAUAUUACAAGGAGGGACUGAAUCUACUGUACAGUCUCAGACAGACACAGUUGGAACAGGAAAUUGCGGAGAGGUGUCUUUCUGAGCCAGACCCCGCCCUCUCUUGUGCAGAUGACUUCCUCUCCAUCCCCUCAAGUGAACCCCACGUAGAGACUGUCAAAUUCACCCCCUUCCAGAGAGUCCAACAAGUGUUCAGUAGGGACAAAAGGGGGCUAACUCCUCAAACGAGAGUAGCGUUGAGACAGCAGUCGCCAAUCGGAAAGAAAAAUAAGUUCAAAAGAGGUUUAGCAAGUGGCAGUCGCAAAUCCUCCCCCUCUCCUAAUAGGGCAUCAACUCUGACAACUAGAACGACAGUUAGCGAGGGAACUAGUCGUGACAGUAGGUAUUCGAAGGCACAUUCGAGGUCAAAUAGGGGCAGUGUGUUCUACGGGUCAACGGAGUCUAUAAUUGAUAAUAAUAAUGACAUUCCUCGUCAGAAUAGAAGUCUCUCACGGGCUCCGCAUAGACGACGCAGUAGUGCACCCCCAGUGGGUGCAAAGCGAAAUCGAAUGUCAGCAAAUUUUCAAAAUCUGCCCAAGGAAGCGCCAGAAAAUGGCAAUGACCAGCUACCUCCUAUCACUUCAUCUAAGCAAGGAAUAGUUAAUCACCACCAAAACCACAACAACAAUGGUCAUCAUGUUAAUUUUGCAUCAUCAUCAGCUUCUGAUUCAUCAUCAAACACACCUGUCUUUAAUGGAGGAGGGUUGGCAAAUAGUAGGAAUGUGUUUGGGUCAUCGGAUGGAAUUCAGAAGUCAGGAUCUAUGUUUUCGCUGGACAGUCGGACAGCAUUUUACGAAGAGUGGCCGCCUCUUUCUGUGGAAACAACAGAACUUAUCAGUGCACUCACACUGCCAGCAAAGGUAGUAGCUGGAAUCGAAAACAGUCUUCUGUAUUAUCUGGACCUCAGACCAAAUCCAGAGGAACUUCUAAAUAACCCAGAUGACCAUUUUACUCCACCCACCGAAACUGGCCCUGCGUCAUCUAACGCCACUAGUAGAUUGUACGCAUUCAACCCAUUGCUGGACCAGAUUGUCAAUUCAGUGGGAGGCGAACAUCAUUUGAACAUUGUAGCAGAAUUUUACAAAGCAGUUGUAAGGAUGAGAAAGCAAUUUGAGAAAAAGAACUGCGAUGAGCUCGGCUAUCUUUUCACGUAUAGAGCCAAUGGCAGUUCGGCCAAAGCAAAGAAGACGAGACAGCAAUCUGAUUCAGAAAUGACGACUAGUCGGAAAUCGAGAAAGACUGUUUACGAGUCAAAUGUUAUUCGGUACUGGAUCAUAGGGCGCCAAUUUGCAGAAGAGAAUGGACGUCAAGUGUUUAUUUGCCAUCAAGACAAUUGCCAUCAGAAUAUUAUUGAAGUGGCAGCCAAACUACUCAUAACAGCCAACAACUCAUGAGAGUCAAAUGUGUUUUUACUCGAAAUUCCGAAUUUUUCUAACCGUUCCAGAUCCCAAAAUUUGCCAAAUGUUUAAUUGAAGGACCGGAACAAAAAUGCUGAAAGACAAGAAUACAUUACAGUUUCAAGAAAUGUACGUUCAUGAAACAAGAAUUGCUGGAACUUUUAGAAAAAAAACUAGGUGACAUAUGAUAUAGGUAGUAGAACCAAGUUAAAUAGCUGGAUCUAUGUUUGUUUUAUUUCGAGCCGCAUUUUCUGUUUUUCAAAGCCGGAUUUUAAGAAAAGGUUAAAAUUUAAUUUUUGAAUAAUAUUUCAUCUGGCAGAAUAAUUUAUUUACAACAACUAUAUUUAUAGCUUGUAAAAUAGACUGAAAGUGAAAUGGCUAUAUUAUGCUUCAUAGUUUUCAAGUUUAAUAUAUUCAUUACCAAUUAGUGCUCAAAAUUACCGCCUAUUGUAAUAUGUCACCAAAAUUAGUAUACAAUAUACACGAAGUUAAAUGUGAAACAAUUCAUGACUUCGAUUCACGGCUGAUAGUGAGUGCAACGUAAAAUUGUUUAUGUAAAUUUUCUUUGCAAAGUCUGAGUUUUUUCCUGCUAUAUUUGUACAUGUUUGGUGUUAAUUUUUUUGCGUAUCUUUCUCUAGCUUAAUGUAUAUUGAUGUACAAAUGAAAAGUUGUAAAAAUGAUGCAAAACUGUAAAUAAAAGCAUUAUUUUAGAUCUCAAUUACAAGGUUAAAUAAGUUUAUCUUGUUCAAAAACAAUAGCCAAGCUGAUUCUAAGAUUUAAUGAGCGUCUUGAGUUUUCA